AUAGAUCCUCAAACAAUGGGAAUAAAUUCAAGGCCGCAGUACGUCUUUACCAUAAGCACGAUAAUGGUUUACCAAGUGAAGUUGUCCCAAGUUAUCCAAUGGAUCCUGAUAGGAGCUUCGUUGAUUCCGUAUUCGUUGGCAAAAUUUCAUGACCAUUUCAUUUACGGAAAAUACGUUAAGGAUUUAAUGCACUUCGGUGGGUUGCAGACUGCCCUGUUAGCUCCGGGCGUUGGAAAGCUGGUGGUGUUCUCCAAUAAUUUCUGCGACGACUGUACCUUGUUCGAGGAUACCUUACAGGUUUCGGCUCGGAAAAUGAAGGCGUGGGAUAUGUUCCUGCGAGUCUACUUCUUCGACUGCACCCGAGAGCAUAAUGUGCGGGUCUGCCACGAGUUCGGCAUCCGAAAGGAACCAUCUUUGGUCUUUUAUCCAUCCAACUACACGGAGAAGACCCACGGCACUGUGCUUUCUACUCGCAAGCCCAUAGAUCCCCAAGUGGCCGCCCAAGUGGCGAUCAAUAUGAAGAAGGCCACGAAUCACACUCUCAACUUUCAGCCCCUAACGGCGAACGAGGGUCUGAAGGCUCUCUUCGAAAAAGAUAAGACUAAGUACGUUUUGCUGGUUUUUCAGAAGAACAACACGGAGGUGGGUACCAUGACACUCCUUGGACUGUCACACUUGCCCGCGAUCGCGGUAAGAAUUGUACAUGAUGAGGCGGUGAUGAAAAAGUACGCUCCCGGCUCGAAUGUAGCUCUCUUCGAUAAACAUUUGAAGAAAGUGGAUUUAAAAUUCAAAAAAGAAACCAGUGAAGAAAUUGUGGAAAGUGUUGCAAAGCUAAUAUCGCGAAAAGAACGGAGACGCACAGGCUAUAGAAGAACCCAUCACUUCCUCCCAAAAAUGGCCGAUAGUACCGUCGACUAUUACCACGAGCAGUUGGAGAUUACCACUCACACCCUUAACCACCGGUCCACAAUUUUCCGCGCUGACUUGGAACAGGCUCUGAUGAGGAUACUGCACAUGGAGAUUCCAAAGAUGCAGGCCAAGGGCGGAAUGCGUCUAGUGGCCCUGAGGAAUUGGGUGAAGCUCCUCUCGGAAGUGAACCCUCUCAACAAGAAAGGCCGGACCGUGCUAAAGCAGUUGCACCAGUGGAUGGAGGGCGAGAAGAACCCUUCGGGGGAGCAGUUUCUGGAGACGGUGUACACCUUGGAGAACGCCAUAGGACAUGUCUUUCAGGGACGGCACUACGUUGGCUGUGUGGCCACGGAACCUUUCCUGCGGGGCUACCCCUGCGCCCUUUGGAUCCUCUUUCACUUCCUCACCGUAGAAGCGGCCAGGGAGCCGACUCCCUUUAAGCCCGGCUUUGUGAUCCGAACCAUCAGGGACUUUGUCCAGUACUUGUACUACGACUGCCCCUACUGUUCGAACGAGUUCAUGAAGAUUUCCGGGGGCAUGGACCACGUGACCACCCACGAGGACGAGAUCUUGUGGCUCUGGGCAGCGCACAACAAGAUGAACCACAAGCUUGCAGGCGACGGUACUGAGGACCCCAAAUUUCCAAAGGUCCAAUAUCCACCCAAGGAACUUUGCGAGGAGUGCAUGGAUCAGACUUGGAACAACGCCAGUGUGCUGAGUUUUUUGAGGAGCAUUUACGACCAGAAAAGCAUGAGCUUCUAUGGACUACCCACCAUUUUAGGAUACGAGUAGUAUUUUCUAUAUGUGUAAAUAUUAAACAACUAAUAAAUAAAAAAGUAUUUGUGCUCA